AUGAAUCCAUUUAAUAAAACCAUUACAAAUAAUUUUAUUAGAAAUUACGUUAGAAAAUUUAAAAGUAUUCAAUCAAAUAAACGCCAUUUAUCCACUAAUUCUUCAAAUCAAAAUAAUUAUAAAGAAAUCCCAUUUUCAAAACGAUUAAAAGAAGCAUGGAACAAAACAGAAAUUAAAUGGUAUCCUAUACCAAUCGGAAUUGGUAUAGGAGUCAUAGCUUUACAACAAUCAAAACAUAUUUAUGAACGUGAAAAAAGUAAAAGGGAGGAAGAGAUUGUUAAUGAUUCUACUAUUUCACCGAGAAAAAAAUCAACUAUUGUUGGUCCAUUGCAAGUAUGUGCGCUUCCUCUACGAGCAAUAUCAAGAUUAUGGGGUAAACUAAAUAAUGAAUACGAUUUACCUGUUUGGGCUAGAGUUCCGGUCUACAAACUAUAUAGCUGGUUGUUCGAUUGUAAUUUAAGUGAAAUUGAAAAUACCAAUCUUAAAAGUUAUCCUAACUUGGGAUCUUUUUUCUGUCGAUCGCUAAAAUCUGGUGUCAGACCAAUUGAUGAUUCAGACCUUGUAUCGCCAGCAGAUGGUGAAGUGGUCAUGUUUGGUUUGGUUAAAGAAGAUAAAUUAGAACAAAUUAAAGGAAAGGCUUAUUCUUUGGGUGCAUUUUUGGGAAAAAAGAAUCAUCACAAAGAUAAUGAUGUAACUACUACUAUUCAUGAAGUUGAAGUCGACAAUGUCGAUUCGAUUAAUGAAGACAUAGCUAUAAUAGAUGAGAAUGAAUUUGCUAAUGUUAAUGGGAUCACCUACUCAUUGGAUACAUUGUUAGGGGAUGAUCUUGUUGAUUCCAAAAAACAAGAAAGUUCAAUUGGUGAUGAUGCGUCAAUUGUUCCCAAUAACAGCAGCAAGAAUAGUGAUGGUAGUAGUAUUAACAAUGAAUCUAAGGAGGAAAUUGUAGCAAAAAGUGUUUUAUGGCCAAUUAGUCCAAUACAAUUUUCCACAAUAGCAACCAUUGUUUCAACAAACCUUUUACUGGCCAUAUCUAACACUUUAGGUUUACCUGAAUUACUAAUAACAUCAUUAUUAUUAUUAAUUGCUGAUGCGCCAAUUUCCGUUACGUUAUUACCGUUGUUACCUAAAUUUGAAUUUCCAUCGUUGCUGUGA